UUUCAGACUUUAUCUUUUCAAUUACUUGGUAAUUGUAACCGAGAUGCCUGCGGUGUACAAUUUAAUCGUUAGUCAGAAAACAUGGAAUGGGGACCAAUUGGCUAUUCAUCUUUUCGCAUACAAGGAAUUAUUAAGACUUGUUAAGGAAUUGGACAUGAAUCAGAUUGAAGAAGUCAUGGAUGUCACUAGCAUAUGUCUGAAGAAAGAAAAUGAAUUGCCUUCGCUAGAUUUAUUACGAGUUAGCGCUGAACUGUUAUCUGUUAUUGAAGGGAAGGCUGAAUUAUUUGCUGGCAAAAAAUUGAUACAGAAGGAGUGGUCAAUUAAUUUUCGUAUCAUUAUUAGGCGUCUGCUACAGACUCCAGCUAUCGCACUGGCUACACCAAGUACAUCGAAGGAGGCACUUGGUCAGUAUUUACCAAUAUUAUUUGAGUUAUCAGAUGAAUUGGUUUUCCUGAUUGGUAGCCACUGGUUUGAAAGUGACCCGGACUUUUUGUUAUUGCUAUCUUCCAUGUCUUCUAUACGAUUGCAAGAAGUCUUCCACAAUCAAACAUCUAUUAAAGAAGCAUUCGUUCAUGGGCGCCUUCACUGCCACUUUGCGCGUUACGGUGAAUACGCCAACAUCUUACCGGAUGAUAAGGCAACAAUAUUGUGUGGAACACUACGAGAAUCUGCAAUUUACACAUGCGAGUAUUAUCACAACUGUGAAGAAAACUCAGAUGAUUUCAAGAAAGUGAUAAUAUCAACAUUCCAAUUUCUUUGUAUAUACAUAGAUUUUGGAGGAUUGCUUACAUUACCUUUAGAUUACACGAAAAACCUUGGCGAAGUACUUCUUCGUCUUGCAGUCAGUUGCUGCGAAAUUUCGUUGGUUCCGUUGGAAUGCCUAGCAAAAGUGAUAUGUGAGUUACCGAAUUUACCUAACACAACAUUGGACACGAUCACGGACGCUUUAAGGAAAUGUAAUAACAAAUUGAAUGAAGAAGAUGUAGUCCGAAUAUUGGAUACUUUGCAUGUGCAGCUGCAGGGAAGUAUUCCGAGCAGAAAAUGGUGUCCAACAAUCAGUUUACAUAAAGUGACUGAACUUCUGCAGCAGAUAAAAUCGAGACAAGAAUAUGCUAAGUAGUAAUGUUGCACGCUUCUUUUUUUGUCCAUUCAUUUAAAUGUGAGAACAAAUGCUUUUUCUUGGAUAUUUUGGACGGGAAUAUGAAGAAGUGAUUUUCUAUAUACGGGCAGUUUAUUUUUUUAGUUUUUACUUAUUUUAUCUUGAAUAUGUGAUGUCGGUGUUUUGUCUUCUUAGAUCUUUUUUUUAGAAAUAAUUUUCUAAAUUUUUGUUACUUCAAAAUUGUCAUAAAUCAUAAUUUUACGUUAGAUCCCUCAGACAUAUGCAUCAAUGCCACGUAUGCUAUAUUUGGAAUUGAUUCACUUCUCUAUUCAUGUAUCCACGGCAAUUUCUAUUCUUUAUAUGAUCUACCAUUUAAUGCUUUAUUUUCGCCUUUUAUAGAAUGCAAUUUUGUAACUGCAACAUUUAAUUUAUUUUCAUUGGCUUCUACCUCCACAUCUGUAAAUUUAAUUGAUGUUUUGUAACGAUGAAAAAGUUGAAUUCAUUACUGCAAUUUUAUUUACAGAAUAAGAAAUCUUUCAAGAGGACUUAUAAAUUAUUUUUGUUCAGAAGUAAAUGUCUGAAAAAAAUGGGACAGAGUUGUUAUAGUCAUGCAAUGUCUAUAUUUCAUCUGUCCUCCACCGCCUCAUACAUUCAGAUACUGCAAGGACUGAUAAAAUGAAC